AUGGGACUUAGAAAAGCAGGAGUUUUGGGCGCCACAGGUUCUGUUGGGCAGCGGUUUAUUCAGCUCUUGAGCAACCAUCCCCAGUUCGAACUUGCCGUUCUGGGAGCCUCGUCGCGGUCCGCAGGCAAAAAGUACAAGGACGCUGUCGACUGGAAGCAAACCAGUCUGAUGCCGGCCGCUGCUGGCGAGAUCGUCGUCUCGGAGUGCACCGUCGAGGCCUUCAAGGACUGCGACGUUGUUUUCUCCGGUCUGGACGCAGACUACGCCGGUCCGAUCGAAAAGGCGUUCAAGGAGGCCGGCCUGGCUGUCAUCUCGAAUGCCAAAAACUACCGCAGAGAAAAAGACGUGCCGCUUGUUGUGCCGACAGUCAACAGCGAGCACUUGGCGAUCAUCGAAAAGAGAGUCAAGGAUGCCACUGCCGCCGGCCAGAAGAGACCCGGUUUCAUUGUUUGCAUCUCCAACUGCUCCACUGCCGGUCUGGUGGCUCCGCUGAGACCGCUGGUCGACAAGUUUGGUCCGAUCGAGCUGCUCACCACCACAACCAUGCAGGCCAUCUCGGGCGCCGGUUUCUCGCCAGGGUUCCCUGGCAUCGAUAUUCUGGACAACCUGGUUCCGUACAUUUCGGGCGAGGAGGAGAAGAUCGAGUGGGAGACAAAGAAGAUCCUUGGAGAGAUCGCUGAUGACGGCAACAGCGUGAAGAACCUCUCUGACGACGAGAUCCGCGUUUCUGCGCAGUGCAACAGAGUCGCUGUUUCCGACGGCCACACAGAGUGCGUUUCUAUCAAGUUUAAGAACGGCGCGCCAUCCAUCGACGCCAUCAAACAGUGCCUGAGAGACUACCAGUGCGAGGCCACCAUCCUGAACUGUCCGUCUGCGCCAGAACACGCCAUCCAUGUGCUGGAGGAGGAGAACCGUCCACAGCCACGGCUCGACAGAGACAGAGACAACGGAUACGGUGUGAGUGUUGGCCGGAUCAGAAAGGACCCUGUUCUAGACGUCAAGAUGGUCAUUCUGUCGCAUAACACCAUCAUCGGGGCUGCCGGCAGCGGUGUUCUGAUCGCGGAAAUCCUCGCGGCCAAGAACGUUAUAUAA